AUGUUUGCGUCUCCCUUUACAGGGCGAUCCAAGGAUUCUGGGUCAUCCAAGAAAAAGCCGGUCGGUGCCGCAGAGACCCAUCAUGAGCAUGUGAAGAAGAACCUUGCUAGAAGUACUCUCAAAGGUACGCCUUCUAACAGCAAAGACCAUGAUACUGGAAACCAAACGGAUUUCAAUGAGCUGAGGACGGGAAAUAUCAAGCUCAAGAGUGGGACUACUCAGAUUAUGGAGAAGGUCUCGAUGGGGAUAACUAACGACAGUGAUGUUGAUGGCAAAAGUGUCAACGGCGGUCCAAAGAUUGAAAGGGAUUCGAUAUUAUCUCCUCAUUCUUCCGUAUUUGAUGCACUACGCAACCCGGAUUUGAACAGAGGAGUUGAUAUACCUUCCAUAGAUGACCCAACCUCUAAGGUCAAUUUGGGCAAAGUCCAUCAAACGCAAUUUCAAUUUCAAUUCUCCCAGUCAAACAACCUCGGGGAAAGCAGGUCAGGCAGUCACAAUAUGGAUUUCUCAAUAACCUCAUGGCAAAACGUUAAUGCUGACUUUAGUUGCUCCAAUAUAAUAGAUCCAGAAUCAAGGACAAACUCACAAGGAUUCACACAUUAUUCCCAGUUCAAUUUCCCCAGUGAUAACGACAGCAAUAUAAUAUCGGGGAAUAACAGCCCCUAUUUGAAACAUGCUUCCCUUUUCAACAACAUUUCAUCAACCACAAACGUCUCUGGGUCACCAAAUGCGGCUUCUAUUUUGUCUAGCUCUUCUGGCCAUGAGGAUGAAAAAUUGGUGAAUGACGAAACAGUGGUACAAGAUGACAAUGCCAGUCGACAUUUGCAGUCAGAUCCAAAACUAAAUAAUACGUUACCCCUUGACACUUUAACUUUAUUAGGUAAUGAACAUGAAAAAAGUGAUGUAGUUGAUGAAACCAAAAAAAUGACGGAUUCUUCGACUGUUAUUUCCUCAUUUGUCAUGCCCAAAGUUUCAAUAAUGUCCAAUUCGGGCUCAUUUAGAGAUCAAUCGAAUUCAUUUCUAUCAGUUAGGCUAUUUGGUGAUAAGGAUGAUAUACUAUUGAGUAGGUUUAAACGCUACAAGAAAAUAUUUAAUAAUAUCAAAUUCUUAUCAAAUAACCACGAAUCGGCAGAUUUAUUGAUUCUAAUAGUUAACAAGGAUAACUAUAUGCUUCCAAAAAUGACUAAAACUCCUUGUAUACCCAUUGUCCUAUCUAAGGAAAGCUUUAAAAUUUCUUAUAAAAUACCAAAAUUCUUAAAGCUUUGUAACCCUAUACCAUUGAAAAGUUUGAACGAUGACUUAAUUGCAUUAAUCAACUUUUUGGAUAACAUCAACGAUUUGAAUACAUGGAAUAUGUUUCUACAAAAUCUGGACUCUUUGGAAAAUGAGGGUAGUAAUAGCUUAACAAUACAUGAUAUAUGCUCCAGUUUAAUUGAAUUGAAUACUGACUUAUCAUCUAGUAGUAAUAAUACACACAGUUCCUUAUACCUAUCAAAGUUGAGGAAAAAACCGUCAAAGGACGAUCUUGGCUGUACCAAAGAUAGGAAGGCUGACUUACCCUUUUUCAACACUUACGUUAUUGCAGGCCUAACUGUCAGUGUCGUAUCGGUAGGAUUUAUACUCAUUUGGAAAAGACUAACCCUAAACUCUUCAACUACAGCACGUCCAAUCACAGAAGACGUAAGUAUAAGCUCAGCAUAUGGGCCUAACGAAGGUUAUAAAGACACUUUUGAGAAACUAAUUUUGGACAAAAUUCAUUCAUUUUUUGCGGUCUUUGAACCAUAUAGUAAUUUUGUUGUUUCAGGAAUGAAGUUUCUUUGUAAAAAAGUUAAAGUUGUCUUCUUACAAUGGUUUAACUUUUAA